UCUUAAAUGGCGAAACAUCGGAAGUAAAAUGCUGAAUGACGCGCGAUGACAGAAAAGAUUGAAAUUACAAUUGAAUAACGAACAGGAAAAGAGAUCAUUGCUUUGGCUGUCAAAAAUUCACGCAAAUCUUAAGUUUGGAUCAAAAUUUCUAAAGUCAACACAAUUCUUAAUCCGACUCUAUAAUUCGAAUAAUGUAAUUUUAAUAAAAAUCUCGACGUUGAAUAUUAAAGUUCUCUUAUUAAUCGAAAAACAAAUUGUUUUUGCAAGAAAAUAGUACAGGAUAAAGCGAUAUGAAUAGUGAUACUCGGUCAACAAAUACGUUUAAACACGAAAAUUUGGGAAAAGGAUCUAACACGCAACUCGAUAGGCGCAAUAAGCCUCAAGAAACCGAUGCUCGCCAAAUAUUCGACAAUCUGAAUCAAUCCAGUCAACAAAAGCAGAAAUUAGAUUCUAACUUAACAUCGACAUUUCAUACUUCAUCUUCAUCUACAAAAUAUACUAAUGCCAUAACAGGUAAACACCGAGUCCAUAAAUUAGUGGACAGCAAGCAAGUUCUAUUUCAUCAAUUUGAUAAGAAGGCAUUUCUUCUAGAUACUUACGCUUGUAUUGUUGCUAGCAAUAACAGACGUUAUCCUAAGCGAUUGCGUGAACUUGCUAAACCAAAGAGACAGGCUCGUAGCGAUCUGAAUGACUAUGCUGCGAAUUUCGAUCUAAAUUACGGCCAUGUAACUAAAACUUAUCGUAUGGAAAACAAAAGCAAAAACUUAAAAGAAUUAAAGAAGGAAUAGUUCAAUUAUCAUAAUAGAUUGAUUUAAAUAAUUUCUCAGUAUGAUUACUCCAGUUUCAAACAACUUAACAAAAUUCAAAAGA